AUGGCGACACAACCAGCCACCUCGGAGCCUGCGCCGGGCGUGACGCCGACCGCGACGUCUGCGACAUCAGCACCGGCUGGUGAUGAAAAAGAUGCUCUGCAAGGCUCAGCACCGGCGGAAAUACCCGUACGCACAAAGGAGUCGUUCAACAAACUCAUGGUCGAGCGUUACACCACGCGCGACGCCAUCGCCAGCGCUGCUCUGGGCGAGCAGCUGAAUCAGACACGGCAGUCCUCACAAGAGAUGCGUGAGAAAAUCCACGAGUACAGAAUGGUGCGGAACGAGUACAAGCCUUGGUUCCCGCCAAGCAGGCUCUACGGCGAAGGGUACAAUGGAUUUGGAAACGGAUACACCGAAAACCAGCAGCCAGUCUCCAGAAUCAUCUACCCAGCGCAAAAGCCACGACCCGGACGACGGACGACACCAUCAUUCAGGUUUGCUCGCAAGGACAUGCUCAAACAGGCAGAGCAACACGAAGAGCUAGUCCCGCUACGUCUGGAGGUUGAGUGGGACAAGGUCAAGCUUCGCGACACGUUUACUUGGAACCUGCACGAACGUCUUUUGGCCGUCGAAUUAUUCGCAGCGCAGCUGGUCGAAGACAUGGCGCUGAAACCACCUGCAGCACAGCCCGUGUUUGAGCAAAUCGUUCAACAGAUGCGGGAGCAGCUGAAUGAUUUCUAUCCCUUUGCGUUCGCAGAGGAAGAUGCCCUCGACCCGGAGCUGCCGUACUCGGCCUACAAGAACGACGAAAUGCGCAUUCUAAUCAAGCUCAACAUCACAAUUGGCCAGCACACCCUGGUAGAUCAGUUCGAGUGGGAGAUCAACAACCCCAAUAACUCGCCAGAAGAAUUUGCCGCCAACAUGGCGCGCGACCUGUCUUUGUCAGGCGAAUUCACGACGGCGAUUGCACAUUGCAUUCGUGAACAGACGCAGCUCUUUACCAAGAGUUUAUACAGCAUAGGACAUCCGUUCGACGGGCGACCGGUCGAGGAUUCGGAUCUCGUGUCCGCAUUCUUGCAAACCCCUCUUCCCGUCGUCUUCCGACCACAGCAGCAAGCCAAGGAGUAUGCGCCAUACAUGUACGAACUCAGCGAAGCCGAUCUGGAACGAAACGAAAUGGUAUUUUCCCGCGAACAGCGGCGCCAGAAGCGCUCCAUCAACAGACGAGGCGGCCCGCAACUCCCCGACCUCAGAGAACGACAAAGGACCAUUCGUACACUUAUCGUUUCGUCCGUGUUGCCUGGUGCGGUCGAGAACGUCGAGGACAGUCGACUCUACAAACGAACGGCUGGCACAAGCAGGAAGCGGACAGCCCGUGACGGCGAGAUUUCAGAAUCCGAGGAGAGUGACGACUCAUCCCCCGACUCGCCCGCCCCUUCACAGAUGGCUGGCACGGCGCGCACAAGGGGCAUGCGAGGGGCUGCGUCGGCUGCGCAGCAGCGAAUGGCCAAUAUUGGCCGCUCUGAAACGCCCGAGACUGGGUCGUUGCAUCACCACGAGACUCGAACAUCGCGCCGUGGCCGGGAAGAGACAGAGGAGCCUUCUCACCUUUGGGUUACACUGAAGGUGAGCAGGGAGAAGCUUAGAAGAGUGAUGAAGGGCGACUAUCGCGACUUGAAGGCGCCUUCACAGCCCCAGACACCAGUCGUGGCCCACGCCAGAGCGCCAAGUGCAUCGUCAAGCAUACCCAAACCAAAAGUGCCAUUCACGCCAACUUCGUCAUCAUCUACACCUCAGCCAGCAGCUGCACCAGCACCGACAGGGAGCGGUUCCAGUUCUUUUCCUGCCGGCCAGCUCGGACGUCUCCCUGCUCCUCCACCGGUUCCCUUUUUUUUCUCGGCAAGAACAUUCCGUACAGGUCAGAGCCUAACAUGCGCGUCUCAUCAGCCGGAGACACCAGAGUGGCUUGUCAACGCCCUCAAAGACCUAGAAAAGCAAUACCCCAACGGAGACAAGUUUGAAGCCAUCAUGAAAUACUCGUACCUCGACCCCGUCACCGAACUCCCCGUCCAGCCGCAGACGCUGCCGUUUCCAGAAGGCGUGAAAUACGCCUGGCUCCCGCGUAUUCGCUGUCUCGACUGCGCCACCAAGCUGUACACCCCUGGCCCGGACAUGACGGCCCAGAAGUUUGAAGCGCACUUGAAAUUCUCUGGCCACCGGGCAAAAGUCAACCAGCGACUUGCGGCCCAAAACGGCGGCGCCUCGGGGUCAUAG